GCGUGGAUCAGUUGUCUGUCGGCGACUGCAGGGGCUUGUGGUGAUUGGUUCCUGCUGACCAGGUGAGUCUGACUAACAUCAUCAUCCAAAACCAGAACUGGUCAGAUCCAGUUCAGACCGGCAGGAUGUUCAGGUACACGCCUCCCUGGGUGGUUCUGUGUCACAGUCUGGACCAGGAGACGAAGAGACUUUCUGCGGGCAACCAUCAGGAUGUUUUGACUUUUCCAUCUUCUCAGUCGAGUUCUGUUCAUCACCAUCUGUCAGAACCUCUGUCACCCGCUGGUUCUGCCACACCACCUGCAGCCAUGGACAGCACUCCAAAGAAUUGGGUUUUAAAGCCUCUGUCCCCCACGCUCCAACCAUCAGACCUACGCACCAUUGCUGUACCAGCCCCAGGUCCAAAUGACCUGGACACCGCCUUUAGGAGCAUCUCAGUUUCACACAGUCAGCCUUGUGUAGUUGUCUCCUCCCAGCAGGGCGACGAGUCUCAGGAUGUUGUGGUUCAGGCCCGGCAGAUUGCUGUGUCGCCUGAUGGGGGAAACUCCAGUGACGAGUGGCAACCCAGCAGUCCCAGCAGUCCUGGCAGCAGCUCAGGCUCUCAUUGUGGGUUUUACUCCUUUGUGGAAGAUCCAGAAAGCCCCAAGGCUGAGCAUAAUGAAGCUUGGAUGGUCUCACCCCAGCGCCAGGCUAUGCUGGCCACCCUGAAGCAAGAGAAGGGCUUCAAACUACAGACCUACACAAGCAGCAAGAAACCCGAGAGUCUAUUCUCAGAGGGCAACGGAGACCUGCAGUACAAGGUUGAUGCAAACAAUGGAAUCAGAGUGGUUGGUGAGGAAGAGGAGAAGGAGCUUCGCAAAGAGAUCAUUCGUACCCAAGCUCCAAAGAAGAGUGCUGGGUUUCAGGACCAGCUGAGCUCCCAGGAGGACCUGAGCCAGUCUACAAACAAACUGAUAGAAGGUUUCAGUUUAAGCUACAAGCCAGUCAGUUCCAGACCAGAACCUCCUCGUCCUGCUGAGCCCGGAACCAUCGACAAGGAGCAGAUCAACUUCAACACAAUCCGACAACAGUUUCUGAAGUUGGAGCAGGACCGGCUGAAGGCUCCGUCCAGUCCUCUGAAGUCCCCAAGAACACACCUGAAGUCAUAUUUGUGGCCAGAUCUUGAUGUAACCACACCAAAGAAGGUGGAGACAAGUAACAACGCAGCACAGUUUAAAGCACCUGAAGAAGAUGAAGCAUAUCGACAGAAGAAGGUGACGGUGUUCCAGACUGAGGAAUGUUUGAGCAGGCAAAGCAGCGUGUUUGAUGACCUGGACUCUGGACUGGAGGAGCUAUCAGGAGAGGUGGGUGGUGGCUACGUCAGCGAUGAUGGGGUGUUCAACGAUAACGUACAGCAGCUGAACAGACCCAUCAAGUCCACUAGUGCUUGUGAGACCCCAAUUGAACGGGAGAUUCGGUUAAUCCAGGAACGUGAGGAGAACCUGCGCCGCUCUCGAGGCCUGAAGCUUAGUGACAGUUGGGGACAGAUGGUUGAGAUCAAAACCAAACGCUUACAACCACGACCAGCACCGAUCAAAAUGAAAGAGAAGACUCGAGUGAGCUUCAUUGUCCAGGGAGAGGUCAAAAACGAGAACCAGAAUAAGCUUGAUCCUUCUCAGAAUAUCGAAGAGACUAGAAGUCAGUCGGAGCCACGAAACAAGGACAGGUGGACAGAGGAGAGCAGCCAGCCUGAGUCUGAAACAAGUGAAGUCUUUCCAUCUCCUUGCUGUCCUCAUCGACACCCUGAAGAACAAAAACAAAUGAGCCCGAUUCCCUCUUCCUUGAUCGAGAUAGACUCUGGGGUCCAGGACAGAAGACGUCUUGACCAGGAUCAAGUGUUUUCCUUUUCCUCUACUGCCUCCCUAGCAUUGACACCUCAAAAUGAAACAGCCCUUCAGUCCUGGAGGGAGAGCCUGAAGUCCACUGGCCUGCAGUGUAGAGGAAAAGGAGCCCCAGACUUCAUUGAGAAGGAAAUUGAGGAGGCUCUGAGAAGGGAGCAGGAGCUGAGGGAGUCCAGGGAGGAAGCCAAACAGCAGCUGUUCUCUCCAGCUCCUCUGGUGGAACAAGCGACCCAGAAGGCCAUCAGUCAGUUCUACCCGCCGAUAAAAACAGGUGAUGCUGAGGGGGAAAUCUUCAAAAUAAAAGACCCAGAGAUCAGAGCAGAGAGACAGAGUGCUGCUGAAGGUUUAAAUGGAAUCCACUGAAGGAGUGUGAAAAUGAUCUGCAGGAAGGAAGGUAAACUUGUUACAUAAAAAUCAGAGAAUGAGUAACUCAACGAAAGAAAUGAUCAAAGUCCAGAGAAGCACCGAAAUCCACUUCAGUCAAUCAGUAACAGCUGCUCCAAAGCCACACACACACACACACACACUCGCUCAUCAGAGCAGGCGACCAAUCAGCACAUUCUGUUAUCCAGAGAAUCCACGCUGGGAAACAUUGCAGCAGCGCAAUCUUAAGAAACCCUGCCUCACAGCAGACAUGAUGAGCAGACUGUAGAUAAAAGAUGGACCCAACCUCUGUGAUGUUACUCAUUGGUUUAUGAACCCCUGGUUUUAACGGUUUCGCUGCAUGAUCAUCAUCAGUGUGCAUCCUCAGACUGUACAGGUGUAUCAUACAGACACAGAUAUCUGCUAACCAGUGCUCAGUAACAUCCAAUUAUAAUCCUCAAAUCUCACUGCACACCCAAACUGGAGCUUAGACCUGUUGGACUGUGUGUUGGUACAGUAACCUCUCAGCAGCCAUACAAUUGGUCAGAUGAUGUCAUUAAAAAUGCUCCAAAAUCUCCAACUGCACAAACACGGUGAAGCUAGUGUUACAGGUACCAUGUGGCAACACCUGUAGAAAGCUAUAUAUGUGUCCUGCAAGCAAAUUUUCAAAUGAAAAUAUCGCUUACAUUGAAAGUAAAAUAGCUUAAAUAUAAAUGAAUUCACAUAAAUGUGAUCACAUGUUAGUGGAUAUCACACUACCAGACAGCUAGUAGCUACAGACACAUGGAAGUCUUUGAGGACUUACUUACUGCUCCCUCUGCUGGCCGUUAGAGGAACAACCACAGCUUCACAUUAAAAUGAUUCCACUGAAUAUAACUGAAAACUGGAAAGCUCCACCUUAAAUGUGUUUCGUGUUUAAAGUUCUGUUUCCAUUUAAAUAAUU